CCUCAGCGCCGGGGUGGUGACGGUGCCGCGGGGUGUCAUGGCGGCGGUGCGGGAGCGGCGCUGAAGGGAGGGGAACAGGCUGGACUCGGCGUCGCUGGAAGAGCUGCGGGACGGAGUUCGGCCAGGGCGAGGGAGAGGGCAGGUAAACGGCCUGCAGACGUUCAUGUUCAAGAGGAACUCGAGCUGACCAUGCCUGUCUGGUGAAAACGAAACUCAAACGCGAUGUCCCUGCUGUUUACUCGUUCCAAGUCAAUAGUUGCAGUGAAGAAGGAUAAAAGACACAUGGCUGAAGUAAAUGCUUCUCCACUUAAACAUUUUGUCACUGCAAAGAAGAAAAUCAAUGGUAUCUUUGAACAACUGGCUGCAUACAUCAGUGAGAGCUCCUCGUUCCUGGAAGACACACACAAGAAUGUAGAGCUUGAUCCUGUCACCACAGAAGAGCAGGUACUGGAAGUCAAAGGCUACCUGUCGAAAGUGAAUGGCAUUAGUGAAGUGUUGGCGAGGCGACACAUGAAAGUUGCUUUUUUUGGCAGGACAAGCAAUGGGAAAAGCACUGUGAUAAAUGCCAUGCUAUGGGACAAAGUCCUUCCUUCAGGAAUUGGACACACCACUAAUUGUUUCCUGCGUGUAGAGGGGACAGAUGGACAUGAAGCUUUCCUGCUUACUGAAGGCUCAGAGGAAAAGAAAAGUGUUAAGACAGUAAACCAGCUGGCUCAUGCCCUUCAUCAAGAUGAACUUCUGAAUGCUGGCAGCCUAGUCAGCGUAAUGUGGCCCAAUUCCAAAUGUCCUCUCUUAAAGGAUGACUUGGUGCUGAUGGACAGCCCUGGCAUUGAUGUAACCACAGAGCUGGACAGUUGGAUUGACAAAUUCUGUCUGGAUGCUGACGUAUUUGUCCUGGUGGCAAAUUCUGAAUCAACAUUGAUGCAAACUGAGAAACAGUUCUUUCACAAGGUGAAUGAACGUCUGUCUCGACCCAAUAUAUUUAUUUUAAAUAACCGCUGGGAUGCAUCUGCCUCUGAACCAGAAUACAUGGAAGAGGUGCGUCGGCAGCACAUGGAGAGGUGCACCAGUUUCCUGGUGGAUGAGCUGGGUGUAGUGGAUCGAGCCCAGGCAGGGGAUCGCAUUUUCUUUGUGUCAGCAAAAGAAGUGCUCAAUGCUAGGAUUCAGAAGGCUCAAGGGAUGCCAGAAGGAGGUGGAGCAUUGGCAGAUGGAUUUCAAGUAAGAAUGUUUGAGUUUCAGAACUUCGAGAGAAGAUUUGAGGAAUGCAUCUCACAGUCAGCAGUAAAAACAAAGUUUGAGCAGCACACGGUGAGAGCAAAGCAGAUUGCAGAAGAUGUUCGUCUCAUCAUGGAUUCUGUGCAUAUUGCUGCCCAGGAACAGCGAGUUUACUGUCUGGAAAUGCGAGAGGAGCGACAGGAGCGUUUAGGUUUUAUUGACAAACAGCUGGAGCUUCUUACUCAAGACUACAAGCGGAAAAUAAAACAAAUCACAGAAGAAGUGGAGAGGCAGGUGUCAAAUGCAAUGGCAGAAGAAAUCAGACGGCUCUCAGUGCUAGUAGAUGAAUACCAAGCAGACUUCCAUCCAUCUCAAGUAGUUCUUAAAGUUUACAAAAGUGAGCUACAUAAACACAUUGAGGAAGGCCUGGGCCGUAACAUGUCAGAUCGUUGCUCCAAUGCAAUCUCUGCCUCCCUGCAGACAAUGCAGCAAGAAAUGAUAGAUGGUUUAAAACCCCUUCUCCCAGUCUCUUUGCGGGGCCAGAUAGACAUGUUAAUUCCCCGGCAGUGCUUCAUGCUCAGCUAUGAUCUGAACUGUGACAAGCUUUGUGCCGACUUCCAAGAGGACAUAGAAUUCCAUUUCUCUCUUGGAUGGACGAUGCUGGUGAACAGGUUUUUGGGACCAAAGAAUGGUCGUCGGGCCUUGAUGGGCUAUAAUGACCAGGUUCAACGCCCUUUGACACCAGCAAAUCCCAGUCUGCCUCCUUUGCCUCAGGGCUCUAUGACCCAGGAAGAGCUCAUGGUGUCGAUGGUGACUGGACUGGCCUCAUUGACUUCCAGAACUUCCAUGGGGAUCAUCGUGGUUGGUGGUGUGGUCUGGAAGGCUGUGGGUUGGAGAUUGAUUGCUCUCUCUUUAGGCCUUUAUGGGCUCCUUUAUGUAUAUGAGCGCCUCACCUGGACCACGAAAGCGAAGGAGAGAGCUUUCAAGAGACAGUUUGUAGAGUAUGCUGGUGAGAAAUUGCAGCUCAUCGUCAGUUACACAGGUUCUAAUUGCAGCCACCAAGUCCAACAAGAGCUGGCUGGAACAUUUGCUCAUUUGUGUCAGCAAGUGGAUGUCACACGAGAGAAUCUUGAGCAGGAAAUUUCUGCCUUGAAUAAAAAAAUCGAAGUUCUGGAUUCACUGCAGAGCAAAGCAAAACUGCUCAGGAAUAAAGCGGGUUGGCUUGACAGCGAGCUCAACAUGUUCACACAUCAGUACCUGCAGCAAAGCAGAUAGUGUGGGAAGAACAGAAAACCAAUGCUGUUUCCCUUCAGUGCUCUCUUAAUUACUGCAGAGAACAUGGUGGGUGAUGGAAUUCCCUGAAGGGAAUAGGCAAAAGCCUAUUGCUGUUUCCAGUUGCUGUGUGAACGAUAGGAGUCUGCUUCCCUGUUCUGUGUCCCACCUCUAAACACUAGCUGUUAACUCUUCUUUUCCUUCCUGCGAGACCAGGCUACUUCAGAAGGAAUGUGUGCUUCAUACAUUCACAGGGGCUUUUUAAAGCAAAAUCAAGUACAGUAAGAAGUUGAAACCAAAUAUUUAUCAGGCUAAAAGUUACUCUGACACAUCUUUAAAGACUCCUUCAUUUUACUCUAUGAAGGUAGAUCUUUUGAUUUCCAAGCCCCGAGUUUGUGUAUGUGUGACAAUUAGCAGUUUGUCUAAACCCAGAUCCCUUGCACAGAGGUGUAACGAUGGUUUCACAAUGCAUUUAUAGCCCAUGCAAGCCUCUCUCCUUGGUUAAUAUUCCGUUAUUAUAGACUAUGACAGAGAAUCACCAUGUCCCUUCAUAGAAAGGUUUAUUACUGUCAGGAUGUUUAUACCAAUGAACAAAAACCAGUUCUCUUCCAGAGGGACUAAGAUUUUGCUUUGGUAAGCUUAUUGUCUUUGGAGUUAGUUUGUUCCUGUUAAGAACAACUUAAUAUGCAGUCUGGCCCAUUUCAUAUUGUGGACAGAUAGUGUGCAAGGACAUAACUAGGUCCUGUGAAGGGGUAGUGCUGGGAAUCUGACAACUUGUUGAGGAGGAGAAAUAGGGAAAACCACGCAGUUGAUGGAAUGUAUGAACUACCU